AUGGCUCCAAACAUUAAGGAUAUCGUAAAGAAACGUAUCAUGACCGAUAUGGUGCAAGCUGUAGCUCCUGGUAAAUGGAAGAUCAUGGUCGUCGACCCUCCAGCAUUGAAAAUUUUGAAGACGGCAUGUAAAAUGGAAGACAUUAUUGAUGAGAAGGUGACGUUGGUCGAAGAUAUCUUUAAUCGAAACAGACAACCCUAUCCAACGCAAGACGCCAUCUACUUUAUCAGUCCAAAUAAUGAAGCCGUAGCUGCAUUCAUAGAUGACUUCAAGACGAGACCGAUGUAUGCUCGUGCACACAUCUUCUGCACAGCAGGACUUCCCGAUCGUCUCUUUGAAAGCAUCAAACGAUCCUCAGCUCAGCAAUAUGUCAAGACCCUGAUUGAACUGAAUGUAGAUUUUCUGGCCGUAGAACCUCAAGUAUUUACGUUAGAUGCGCCUCAACGCUUCUUUAAUCUAUUCAACCCACCGUCUCCUGCCCAUCUGAACUAUGAAAUUGAAAUGAUUGCCAAAAAGUUGACGUCGGUUCUGGCAACCGUAGGAGAAUACCCAUUCAUUCGCUUUUAUGAUCCUGAAGGCAAACGAGAGACACUAGCUGCUAGACUAGGUCUCGCUAUACAAAAGGAAAUGGACGAACUAUGUCGUAUAGAUAAAGACUUCCCACCACAAUCACCUUAUCCUCGCGCUAUACUUAUAAUAACAGAUCGCACUCUCGAUGUCAUGGCCCCAUUAUUGCACGAAUUCACCUACCAAGCCAUGAUUUAUGAUUUGCUGACUUUGGACGGUAAUCAAUAUACUUACAAGGCUGACGAAGGUGUCCAGAAAGUGACGCUCGAUGAAUCCGAUCCGAUAUGGACGCAGAUAAGGCAUAAUCACUUUGCUGAUUCAUCAAACUAUAUUUUGGAUUCUUUCAAGACCUUUUUAGAAGAAAACAAGGCUGCAGCAAGUGCUGUUAGAGACCAGCAAGGUGGCGGGAAUAGGCCGAAAGGUUUGGACUCGUUGAAGGAAAUGCAAGAUACCAUUAGUGCUCUACCACAAUUCCAGGAAAUGAAGAAAAAGUUUGCCGUGCAUAUAAAUAUAUGUCAGGAAUGUCAGUCAGCAUUUGGAGAGGGUAAACUGGCAGAUCUUGGGGCCAUAGAGCAAGACUUGGCAACUGGAGAAUCGGCGGAUGGAAGGGCUUUGAGAGAUAUGAUGGUGGCACUAGUACCAUUAUUAGAUAAUCCAUCUGUCUUGAACGCAGACAAGGUUCGACUAUUAGCCUUGUAUAUUAUCGCUCAGGAGGGUAUUCAAGAUGAUGCCCGUCGACGACUCUUAGAGCAUGCCCGUCUCUCGCCUGAGGAAUCGCAAGCCAUCACCAAUCUGUUCAUGUUGGGAGUGCGUCUGUCGUCUCGCAUGCAAAAGACUAGAGAGCAGAAAGGUCGAUAUACAUAUUGGGGUCAUAAAUUAGAAAAGAAGGGCAAGAAGAGGCGAGACGAUGAUAUGCCAUAUGAUCUAAGUCGAUAUAUACCAAUCCACAAGUACAUCUUGGAAGACCAAGUAGAAAACCGUGUAGAUACCGCCAUCUUCCCAUGGAUUAAAGAACCACCACCAUCCGAUAUCGGGCCAGCCAAAUCUACAUGGGCUCGUGCAGGAGGAGCUGCUCCAAUAGGUGUCCCGUCAUCGACAUCAGGAUCAGCAUCGUUACGAACAACCAAACCAUCAUGGGCUCAAAAACGAGGAGGUAGUGACACGGCUUCAAUAUCGUCGUCAGUGUCUGGAUCAUCGUCCAUAUCAAAAGGCCGCGAUGAUGACUUGAGGAGGAAUGGACCACGAGUCAUAUUAUUUAUAAUGGGUGGCAUGACAUAUUCGGAAAUGAGAGCAAGCUAUGAAGUUAUGAAGGUGUCUCAACGUGAAAUUAUUAUAGGAUCUACAGCAAUCUUGACUCCAUCUGAAUUCGUUGAUGAUAUAAAAUGGCUGCACAAGGGAUCCAUACCACCAGAUGUAGCAAAGACAACACCACGUAAACCAGCUUAUAGUGAUAGUCCUCGUAGUAAUAAUAUUGGUGGGCCGAGGGCAGGGCAAUCAGAAGUAGGCAGAAUUGUUCCUCAGAUGGGGCAAGCACAAACAGUUGAUCCCAGUUCGUCGCCACGCUCUGAGAGAGCUGCCAAGGCAGUUAAACAUACGGGUGGUGGAUUUGGAAUGUUUAAGCGGUGA